AUGGAGCUACCCACGCGUUCCAGUCCCAGAAUUCGCGCUAUGAAGCAACCCGCUUCUGACGAACCGAAUAUGACCAAAUCUCUCCGAGAUAUAUUCUCCGACAGUGAAGAAGAAUUCGCCCAGCUGGUGUCACCGAAAGCGGCCGAACUUCGAAGACUGGAGAAGCCCAGAUAUGUGACUCAUGUCGAAGGUCAUGUGCUUAGCCCGUACAACCCGCCUUCCGAAUGUCACUCCCCUUCGUCCACCCAAAAUCUGACAUUGCUGCUGCCAAGAAACGUCAGUCAGGAUUUUGUCAGACAUCACCGGAAAUGUUAA